CUGAAUCUUGACCCUAACGAGAUCGGAAUCCGCAGAAAACGCGAGGUUUCUGGCUCUCGUUGGCGUUGGCGAGAUGAAAUUGCAGGCUGAUCGCUUGUUUCGUCGCUCCCGACUGUCAGCUGGCGAAGCGUCACGGUGACGCCUGGAGGACUUUCCCUUAGCGACUCGGGUUACGCAUUACGCGGCGCACGCACCGCGCCAGAUUUUUUUAGGCUUAAAUACGCGCAAAGAGCUCUUACCCGCCUAUAAACCCUCGUUGACUACAUGGCGGUGCUUAGUAGGCCAUUCGGAUCGCGAAUGGUUACCACGAUAUCGUUGCGAAUGACAACUUGGAUGUCGCCGAAGGCGAUCGUUACAGCAACGUCGCAUAACUGUCGCAAACUUCAUCCACUUCUCGCCAUCCAUCCCGCUCAUCCGACCCAUCUCCUCCGUCCGAUCAUCUCUGGGUCGUUCUCCGCCGUCGGAUCUAUCCCCUCAAUACCAUCCUGUCCGUCGAUUCCCCAAGCAACAGCAAACCCUAGUCCCGAUCCUCCCAAUCCUCUCUUCGCACCGGCUCCGAGCUGCUGUCCUUCGUUGCAUCUCCUUGCAAAGCCCCCUCACACUAUACCCGAGGAGGCUCCUUUCCCUCCUUUCCUUAGCGCUGGGACCAUCCGAUCCUUCUCAUCCGUGAAUGGCGCUGCACGUGGCGGGAAGGGGCAGCGCCAAUAUCAGGAGAGCCGGGAAAACCGGAACCAGCAGCGCCGCGCGGAGGGGCAGCAGCAGCAGCAGCAGAGGGAGCAUCGCCAGCAGCAGGACCAGCAGCAGCAGGGGGAGCAGCGGCGGCUGGAGGGCGAGAGCCACAUGGUGGCGGUUCGAGGGGCCUUCCGCCAGCUGGCCGAGCCGCUGCAGUGGGUGCUCCGUGGGGCGGCGUUCUUUGUCCCGACGCGCAUUCAGGAAGAGGGCAUUCCACGUCUUUUAAAGGGGGAGAGUCUCUUCCUAUCGUCCCCCUCAGGAUCAGGCAAGACCCUUGCGUAUCUCCUCCCCGUCCUGCACCUCCUCCACCUCCCCUCCGUCUCCUCCCCCCUCUUCUCGCCCCCCCACGUCCCCUCCUCUCGCCUGCGCCACCACCGCAAGGAGACCAGAGGGAAGGAGCGCUCAACAGCCAAUAGCAAUGCGCCACCUGGCAGUGGUGCUGAUGUUCGUGGUGGUGGUAUUGAUGCUGCUGCGGGUGCCAGUGGCCCGUUUUGUCUUGUUUUGACGCCCACGAUGGAGCUGGCCAAUCAGGUGGCGGAGGAGGUCCGCCAAUUCACUCGAUCCAUCCCGGAGCUGAAGGUGGAGGUGGUCACUGCUGCAGGCUCAGGGCACACUGUAUCCCAGGUUCGCUCGCUCUACCGCCGCUCCCCCGAUGUGCUUGUUGCCACGCCUGGUCGGCUGCUGAGGCUAUUCCAACAGGCAGCUUCCGAGAAGCACCCACCACUGGGACCCUUGACACUGACCAGAACCCCCAUUGCAGCUGAAACUGCAUCAACUGAAACUGUUGAAACCACUCCAUCAGAAUCCGUUUCAUGUGGAGAUGAAACCCGUUCAAGAGCUGUGGAAACGGCAGAAAGCUCAAAAGAAUUGGGACUGCCCGAAAGUUCAAGAGCAUUGGAAUUACCACCAGACGCAGGCAAGCUGUCAGGCAAGGAUGCUCUGGGCUCCCUGCCGAAAGAUUUUCUCGGGCAGGUUCGGCACUGGGUGGUGGAGGAAUGCGACAAGAUGGCUGAGAUGGGCCUUCUGGAAGACCUGAGGAAAGUUUUUUCGCUGCUGCCCAGACCGCAAAAGGCAAAGGCGGGGACGAGGAGGGAUCAGCGGCCACACAUGCAGGUCGUUCUCGUGUCUGCCACCAUCCAUCCCGAAUCCGAGCUGCUUCUGCGGCGCUUUGCUCCCAAAGGCGAUAUGCUGAUCGUGCAACCGUCCACUUCUGACAAGCCCUCCGUAAAGCAGCUGGCCUAUCGCGUCCACCCUCGAAGGAAAACUGCUCUGCUUCUCUACCUCCUUCGACGACGGGCGUCACUGCGGACCCACCAGGUGCUGGUCUUCGCUCGCACCGUGCUUCGAGCCCAGAGGCUUCACCAAGCGCUGACAGAGGGAGGAAUCACCGCAGCCUUGCUGCAUGGUGACCUGACAGGGGCGGCAAGGCGACAUGCGCUGGAGGCAUUUAAACAGGGAACCGUGCAGGUCCUGGUAGCCACCAACGUUGCAGCGCGCGGUGUUGACAUCCCCAACCUCCCCUUUGUGGUGAACUUCGACCUCCCAGGCAGCCCGCAAGAAUAUCUGCAUAGAAUCGGCCGAACGGGGCGGGCAGGGGCGGCUGGAACUGCAAUCAGCUUUGUUGGGACACUUGAGACUCUUGAAUCGGAGACAAGUGAAGGCGGACACACCAAAGAGCCGAAUCAACUAGCGGAAAUGCCAGACUGGAUGGAGGCUGCCCAGAAGUUGCUCGGCCAGCGCAUUGAGUUUCGGAAAGUCCCCGGCCCCUGGAGAGACGAGCCGGCUGGCGACUCUUGACUCUUCUUGACUCUUUCUUGAGGCGAUGCAAAGGUUGCACAAGUCCCCAGACCCUCGAGAGCCGACCCGCUACAAAUGACAUGGCCUUCGAAGGACAGUCACCCCAAAAAGGUUCCAUACCAUAGUUGUCCCAGAGGCUGUGGGGCCCUGAUACUCACUAUUUGCGGUUGCUUCAGUUGUAGUGGUACCAUAUUAUUGCUAGUAAGAAACAUGCGUACAAAUGAGGUACUACUGAGAGCGUGUUCCUAUGGCCUCUUCCCAGGCCAACCUCUCCCCAACUCGCGUGCUACAGUGCCACGAACUUUGACGCGAAGUUGACGCAAAAUGGUGCAGCGCGGUUUCGCAUGGUGUGACGCGAAAUUGACGCGAAUUUGGGCUCGGAAUUGCCGAGAUUCAGGCGAGAGGGGAAGUCUGGGAUGAGGUUGGCCUGGGAAGAGGCCAU